UUUGAGUCAUAACAUUCCAAUUAUAGCCUUGUGGAUAAAGCGGCGUCCGUUCAAUGUGUUCAAGAAUCACAGAGAGUGAGUGAGUGAGUUUCUCUGGAUUGAUAAUGGGGUGACCUUUGCCCCCGAUAUGAGAGAUUGCCUUGCUGUCUACCGGGACCCAAUCAGAGGUCAAAGUCUGCUCUCUGACUGACAGAGGCAGGAGUAGCGCAGAGUGUUUUUGCCCAGCACUGUCUAAGCUCCUCUCACCCUGUUAACAACACCUCACCCCGUGUAGAGCUUCCUCUGCCUGGACUGCCGCCAGCUCAGCACCAUGCUGCAUCGGACUGUGGUGCUGCUCCUCCUCUGUGUGUCCAUGGGCACGUGUGCUACUUUGGGCAACUACCAGGCUCACGCACAGGAGGAGACGGAGGCCCCUGCUGUUAACUCAGCUGCUGUUGUUGACGGUGUCGUUGCAGCUGGCCCUGUCGAUGCAGCUGAAGAAGAUGCAGCUGCCGCAGCGGCCCGUGCGGCUGACGCACCAGCGGCUGAGGAACCUGUAGCCGAUACCCUUCUUGGUAACACUCUGCUUGCAGUGGAUAACCCAGCAACUGAAAAACCCGAGGUGGAGGUCCUGGCAGCAGAUGGUGCCACCGCCGAAGAGCCAGGGCCAGAAGGUGACGGGCCUGAUGGAAACAACGCUGCUAUGGAAGCUGUUGCUGAAGAGGCCGUCACCCAGGAGCAGCCCUCUCCUGAGGAAGAGGGGAAUGAGAUCAGGCCGGUCGAGACGAACCAGUCCCUGGACAGACCCUUGGCUAAUGAAGAUAAAAACAGCUGGAGCUUUAACUCAAUUAGAAAUAGCUUCCAGACGAUGCACGGAUACUUUGACUCCCUGGUGGAGCUGGCGGGCGGACACAAUGGCGUGUGUCAGUACCGCUGCAGAUAUGGAGAAGCUCCUCAGCCUCGUCUUGGCUACCAGCUCCCGGAGCCCAACGGCUGCAGCUCCUCUCUGGUGGGACUACAGGUGAAUGGCGCUCUUGACCUCGGGGUCCCUGCGAUGACAAAGUGCUGCGACCAGCUGGACACGUGCUAUGACACCUGUGGCACAAGCAAGUACGACUGUGACUCCAAGUUUCGCUCGUGUCUGUACGGCAUCUGCUCCGAUCUGAAGACGAGCCUGGGCUUUGUGUCGCAGGUACAAGCCUGUGACUCAAUGGCAGACGUGCUGUACAACACAGUGUGGACUCUGGGUUGUAGGCCUUACAUGAACAGCCAGAGGGCAGCGUGUGUCUGCGACGGAGAGGAGAGGGAUGAACUGUGAUACAGAAAACUAUGAACAACCCCUGGACACUUUCACAGACAAUAACAGAGUCAUGAGUAUCUCCACAGAUUGUACUGUAUAUUUAUAGGUUUCUCUGUCAAAAGGAGAUUUUCACAGGAGCCAUUUCAGGAUUCAGGAGUUAAAAAAACAAAAAAAGACACUAUAUUUAAACAUUUAUUCAUAGAAAGUACUAACAAAUGUUAAGUAUCGGAAAAUGACUUUCACAAUCUUAAUUAAUUGCUCAUGCAUAUUAUACUCUCCAUACUUCAUUGUCGUUUUAAGGCCAUUUUUAGGCCUCGAUGACUCCAUUACCAUAAAUUACUCCAAACGCAUUUCCUGAUGGGAAGGAUAUUGUAGUUGGAUUCUUUUGGUCGAGACAGACAGACACGUGAUAAUUACUCUGGGACACAUUGUUGUUCGUUGUGCGCUAGUAUUUAAUGUUAAGCAGUUUGAUCAAACCUUAAGUCUAUGUCAUGUAAAAUCUUAAGUCAAUUACAGCUACUGUGUUAAUGUUUAAUGUAAGUUAUUUGUUAUUAUGUAUGAGUAGAUUCAUGACUAAUUGCAGCAUAACUGACAUGAUUAAUUCUAGAUUAACUGUCAGAGAGAUGAAGCAGUGAUGUGCUUAAUUGACAGGCACGGCACGCUGAUAUCUCUUUUCCACCACACUGUAAUGUGUGACAUUCUCCCCCAGCCAUUAGUUAUCUGAGAAAAAUUUGUCAGUGUGGGUGGGUGUUUCACAUGUAUUUUUCAAGUCAGUGAUGGAAUGAAAUAUAAACCACUUCCAUGAAUCCACUUAAUCUAUAAGGCGUAAUCAAGCCUGAGAAAUGCCUAAAAGUGUGAUCCAGAAAAACAUCCUUCACGCUGCAGUUGUUACAAAUGAACUGUGGGCCCCUCCGAAUGAUUUCGAAUGGAAAUGCCAUUCACUCUAAUGUCAGUAAAUUGUGCUGCCGGCAAAGUGGCUAAGACGCACAAACGUGGACGCAUUAACCAGAAUUUGAUUGAUCUACAGCGAAGUGAGUGACACUGGAACUGGAGAAAAAAAGAAAAGGGUGUAUACUAUGCAUCUACAUGUAUUUGUGUGUAUGUGGGACUUUAGAAGAGACAUCAGCACAAUGGCAUAUUCUCUGUGUGUGUGUGUGUGUGUGUGUGUGUGUGUGUGUGUGUGUGUGUGUGUGUGUGUGUGUGUGUGUGUGUGUGUGUGUGUGUGUGUGUGUGUGUGUGUGUGUGCAGUAUAUACCUACUUUUGAAAUACCAAAUAAACUGAAAUAUAAACGUCAA